AUGGAUUUAACAAUAGAACAGCGUAUAGACAAAGAGUACAUGAAGAGGGGAGGAAAAGCAGGAGUAACUGUGACGCCUGAUGAAGAACAAAACUUGAAUCAUUAUGUACAAGUUUUACAGAACCUAGUACUAAGUGUUCCCACUAAGGAGCCAGGUCGUCAGGAAAGAUCAAAGUCUCCAAAUAAUGCUGAUUCUGUAGGAUCGAGGGUAUCAAAAUGUAAGGAGGUAAAGUUUACACAUGAUGAAGCUCCAGCUGAGAAUGAUGUUUUAAUCAAUCCUGUCAGUGAAGAAACUACAACUUUCCCUACUAGGGGCUUCACACUGGAAAUAGAGAAGAAAAAACAUACUAAAAGUACAGCUUUCUGGUCAAUUAAACCAAAUAACAUUUCUGUUGUUUUACAUGCAAAAGAACCUUAUAUUGAGAAAGAAGAGCCAGAGCCAGAGCCAACUGUAAAUCAAACUGAGGCACCAAGGCAAUUGCCAAGUGUUACUGAAUCAUUUACAAGUCAAGGUGUCACCUCUUUAAGUAAGAACACUGACUUGGAUACUGCCACAGAAGAAGAUGUUCCUCAGCUCUCAGGCAACUAUGAGAUGGAAAAUCCUGAACCACACAAUUUGUAUAAUGAAGACAUUUCGAAAAAAAUUGCAGAUACUGGUUCACAGGGGCAACAGGUACCUCUUCCUGAGAGUUUCAAGCCAGAAUAUAGAGCAGACAUUCGAGCCUCUAAAGAAUACCUAAAACGAAGCCUUGCUCUAGCAGCAGCAGCAGAACAUAAAUUAGAAAAAAUGUAUAAAUCCCUGAUGUUACCACUAGGACAAAGCAGUGAUGGAGUUGAUGACACUGAAACUGUUAUUAACAUGCUGUAUAAUUCUAGAUCUAAAUUACCUGAAUAUUUAGAUAUUAAAUAUGUUCCACCAGAGAUGAGAGGAAAAGCUACUGCAGUAUUCAAUAUAUUAAAAAAAUAUAUUAUAUGUAAGUCAAGGAGAAACUCAAAACCUCAUUAG